AUGGCUACACAAAUUUUAUUGGAUGUGACGAGCAGUUAUUCUAUACUUUCAGCAGUUGUGGUGCAUAAGAAGGAACUUACGAUUUUGAAUAUCCAGAUAGGAGUUAUUGAAGAUAGUCUGAACCAAGCUUUAUCGAAAAAUAUACCAUACAGAUCUAAACUCCUUUCUUGUCAAGUUGCGGCUAUAAUAGGUUUCGCGCUGUGGUGCAUUAUCUUCGAUGCAAGUUGGAUAACAGUGCGCAUUAUUAUUUCAGGUCCCUUGAUUCUAUGGUACAUCAAUGUCAUCAUUAUUUCAAUAUUAAUAAUACAAAUAUACCUAUACUCCACCUGCAUUGGUUAUUUAUUCAGACGCUUGAAUCAUAUGAUGCAGUGGCAGAUGUCUAAAAAGACAUACGUCCUAAAAGGUGGCCUAAUGUUUUUUCUCAAGGCGCACGAGGAGAUCAGUGAAUUGAUAUUUUUAGUUAAUGAAAUUUUUGGCUUCAAAAUUUUCCUCUUAAUCUCCAAUAUUAUCCUCAACAUCAUCGUUUGUGCAGACAGACUUAUCAAUUUUUCUGUAAAACAAAUUAAAAUAGACAAAGACGUACUGAUCAUAAUCUCAUCGUCCUUAUUUAUGAUUUUAUUUGUUGCUUUUGGGGCCAUACUAUCGAUAUCAUGUGACAAAACAGCCAGUGAAGCGAGGAGGACAUCUUUAAUCAGCUACAAAAUCCUGAUGAAUUAUCCUUCCUGUCCGAGAACCACUCGAGAGAAAAUCAUAAAGGAGGAACUGAUACUGCUGGCAGAGCAUAUCAGUAGAAGAAAAGUGCAUUUUUCUGCUGGUAUAUUCACUGUGGAUUAUUCAAUGCUGUUUAUGAUCUUUGGCUCAAUAGCUACUUACCUCGUGAUCAUAUUACAGUUCAAGUAA